UGAAGGUUGAACGAAGCCGAGAGAAAGAAAGAGAGUAGGAGAGAAGCAUUUUGAAGUUUGAAUCUGUCUCAAUGCGGCGACUUCGACGAAGCGGCAUCGCGACCAGCUUCACUUUCUGGAUCGGUGCGAUUAUCCCUUUGAAUGCUGUCUGGCCGCCGAGGAUUCGGGAAUCCGGCAUUCUUUUCAUGGUUCUGGAGGCUUAGAGAACAGGAUUAGGUUUUGGUUCUAUUCCCCUUGGUUCUUUCGAGCUUAGCGUUACGAUUUGCCCGCUUUAACUGUUUUUUUCUCCUGGAGGGUAGAUCGGCGAUUUGAUUUUAUUAGAAAAGUUGAAAUUUUGGACUGGGGGAAUAAUAGUAGAGUUUCGAGUUCUAUUGUAUUGAAGUUUGGUGGAAGGAAACAUGAAUCACGGCCUUAGGGCUGGGGUGAUGACGGCACCGGCUCCGGAGCGGACCUUGACCAAAGAGGCGGAUGAGGAGCUCGCCCUAUUCCUCGAGAUGCGGAAGCAGGAGAAGGAGCGGAGCAACAAACCACCGCAAAACGCCAGCGAAAUCGACCCUCCAUUGGGUUCUAAACAAGGGAUUGUUACCCUUUUCAAGAUCACAAAGGCCCGAAUGGAUGAAUUCCUAAACUCCGACCGCGGAAAAAAUGACUAUGACUGGCUUCUUACACCACCAGGUACUCCAAUUGUUCCAUCUUCAGAUACUGAAUAUAGAAGAUCUCCUGUCGGCAGUAAUGGAACACCAAAUGCUCGUUCAACUAUGCUGAGAUCUAGGGGUCACCAUAACAUCCAUCCGCAGUUGAUAAAUGCUCCAGAUCCUUCAAGAGACUCAUUAUUACCCAGACCUGCCUUGAACUCAUCUGCUAUGGGAAUUCGGCGACUAUCCUCUGCCGGUGGCCGUAAUCACAGUGGCUCUAGACCUGCUAUGCCGACUGGACGUGCUACUAUACUUGCUGGUCCAAUAACUAACAGUAGACCUUCCACUCCAACAUCUCGAGCUACUAUACGUUCAAAGUCACAAGCACCUCCACCACGGUCAUCGACACCAGUCAGGUCUUCUACACCAACUUCCAGACCCACAGUACUGACAACCGGUAAUCACUCUUUGAGGUCAACAACUCCUACAAGAAAGCCUAAUACACCAAAUCGACCAUCUUCUAUCAUAGUAUCUGCUUCAACAGCAUCUAGAAGUUCAACACCAUCACGAGGAAACUCUGCGACCAUAAAGUCUCGACCAGUGAAACCAGCAGACAUCCCUGGUUUUUCACUUGAUGCACCUCCAAACUUAAGAACAUCAUUGCCUGAUAGGCCAUCUUCAGCUUCUCGAGGCAGGCCUGGAGUCCUCAGCAGACGGUCGUCUUCAGUUGAACCUGGUCCAGGUGCGCGACCAAGACGCCAGUCUUGCUCUCCAUCCAGAGGAAGGGCUCCAAAUGGUGGCACUCAAAGGGUAAAUUCUGUGCAAGCUCCAAGCAAACUACAGCAAAGUGGUGCCAAUGUGAAUCCUAUUGCAAUUGGAAAUAAAAUGGUCGAGCUCACAGUCAACAUGAGAAGGCUCGUGCCCUUGAAGCAACACGACUACCGAUCAACCAAUAGCAGCCUCUCUACUAGAUCUUCUCUUUCACCAGGGAGCACCGGUUUUGGGAGAUCACUGUCGAAACAAUCCUUGGAUAUGGCCUUUAGACACAUGGAUAUCGGACGGACCAUUCCCAACAACCUGAGGCCGGUUUCAGCAUCAUCAUCGACUUAUAGUGUGAGGUCGGGACCUACAAGAAGUAGGACUUUGAGCGUUUCAAACUCUCCUCUUGCCACAAGCAGCACCACCAGUUCUGAACGAAGCGUAAAUAACAACCAUAUGGCCGGUCUGGAUGGAAGUGAGGUUGAAGAGGAUAUGAUCAGUGAGAAAGGAAGCAUUUGUUCCUCUACUCUCUCCAUUGCCAGAUAACCAAGUAGAAGCGUCCCUCUCUGUUCAAAUAAGUUCUAAAUACACGAGGAAGGUUUCUUUCGGAACGAACUGAUGAAUUAUGUAAUACUUGGAUCAAAUUCUUUGUUCCUAGAAUUUACGAUGCUAAAUAUUAUAUUUGACUUUCAUGAAACAGAGUUUGUCCUCUC